UGUCAUGGCGGCCAUGUAGCAUAUAAAUAACGUGGAGUUUCGCCGAGUGAAUGUGUUUAUGUGUGUAAAUUGUCAACGUUUUGUACGGUUUUCGAAGUAAUUUCUGACAUUUGUUGUUAAAUACUGACAUGAGUGGCUUUAAGGAGCCUGAUGCAGAGAGAAAAAGUGGUGUUGCUGUUAUAAAGGCCGAGUAUGUAAUUUCUGACCAUAAGAGAACGUUAUUGCUAGACUGCAUCACUGAAAGUGAUAAAGAAAAACUUGCAGCACAAGAUGGUGAUAAUAAUAAUAAAUGUAAUGAUAACACAGAUGACGCUUCUCAGCCUUACAAGAAACAGAAACUCAGUAAGGGCGAAAAGAAGAGACUACGAGGACAAAAUAAGGCACGGCCUAUGCCUUUUAAACAUAAUCAGGAAAUGAGUCUGUGUCGCACUCUGAUUGAUGUUGCUGAAAAUGAAGAGCUACCAAUUUGUAACAAUUACAAGUGUAGCUUUCUACACGACGUAUCAGCAUAUUUGGCAGCAAAGCCACCUGAUUUAAAUUCGACAUGUUAUGUGUAUUCCACGCAAGGUCGUUGUCCAAGAGGUGCUUCUUGCAGGUUUGGUUCACAACACCUAACACCAUCUGGCAGAAAUAUUAUUAACUUUUCAUUAUAUGAAAGACAUCUUAAGGCAAAGUCAACUGUUAAUCACCUUGACAAAAGUAUUCAGUUCAAUCUACGUAAACGCUGUUAUGAUUUCUCCAAGAGUGGUUCUGUUAUUGCAAAGUAUGAUAAAUAUAAAGGGAAAAUAAGUAAUGGAAAUAGUAAGAACAGUGUGGAACAAAAUGAAAACAGUAAGCAACAAAGAACAGAAAGCGGAGAAGAUAACACAUUUUGUCCAGUUGACGGAGAUACAGGCCUAAUUUGUGAAAUAGAGCCAGAAAAUAUCAGUGAAAGUGAAAACUGCAUUGAUGGAGGUGGUGCAAAAUCUUCACAUAACAGCAGACAGUGUGGAGCCAUAACUGAUGAAGAUGUGAUACAGGUUCGGAAGGAGGAAAGGAAGCAGGUCAACUGGAAAGGAAAAUUGUAUCUGUCUCCAUUAACGACAGUUGGAAACCUUCCAUUUCGCCGAAUUUGCAAGGAAUUUGGAGCAGAGAUUACUUGCGGGGAAAUGGCAAUGGCUACUUCUUUACUGCAAGGCUUACAGCAAGAGUGGGCUCUUGUUAAGCGACAUACAUCAGAAGACUUGUUUGGAGUCCAACUGUGUGGUAACAAUCCACAUGUUAUGACCCGCUGUGCUCAAAUGCUUGAAGAAACAACACACAUCGAUUUUAUUGAUAUCAACUUGGGUUGUCCAAUAGAGUUUGUUUAUCAACAGGGUGGUGGCAGUGGUCUGCUGAGGCGUGAGAAGGCCCUGGAAUCUGUGAUACGCUGCAUGAGCAAUGUUAUCGAUCUCCCACUGACUCUGAAGACAAGGACUGGUGUUUACACUGAUAAGAACAUACUCCACACACUUAUACCAAAGUUCCAGGAUUGGGGAGUUUCACUUGUAACGGUACACGGCCGAUCUCGAGAGCAGCGCUACACAAAAAAAGCAGAUUGGGACUACAUUGAACAGUGUGCCCAGUUAGGAGCCCCAGUCCCUGUGUUUGGAAAUGGUGAUGUUUUGAGUUAUGAGGACUAUGAGCAGGCACUAGUCAAUAGCCCCAGUGUAGCAGGCAUCAUGAUUGGUCGUGGGGCACUUAUAAAGCCAUGGAUAUUCACUGAGGUGAAGGAACAACGUCACUGGGACAUAUCAAGUUCAGAACGAUUAGAUAUUUUGAAGAAAUAUGUUAACUAUGGCUUGGAACAUUGGGGAUCAGAUACAAAGGGAGUGGAGAAUACCCGGCGAUUUCUUCUGGAGUGGCUGUCUUUUCUACAUCGAUACAUUCCAGUUGGACUACUGGAAUAUCCACCUCAAAAGAUUAACCAGCGCCCACCAUAUUAUCAUGGCCGUGAUGAACUGGAGACACUCAUGGCUAGUCCUAGCUGUGCGGACUGGCUUCGUAUCAGAAAGUUCUGAUCUAAAUGAAUUGAGCAUGUGACUCGAGAAGGAGAUGUGGAACCGCAACACAGUGAGUGUACAGCGCACAGAACUUUGCGCAAGAAAGUGGCUCCAUAAAUGAGGUCUUGAGUUUCAGUGUAGUACAUACGAGAAUUACGUCUAGUACCAAAGGACAGUGGAAUUUAUAGAUUUAUAAGUGAACCAGGAACUGCAUAAGAUAUUAGGUUCUCAUGACACAGUGAGUUUUUAUUAUGGCAUUGUAUAAUGUUUUAACAGUUUCCAUGCUGCAUCUUCAGGGCAGAAUAAUUUUUUAUGCCUCAGUUUAUGGUAUUUUUAACCUUAUUACAAGGUAGUGUUACAAUGCAAAACCCCCUUCUUCAGGGAUUGGACAAGUUUUCUGGAAGUGCUGGAUAUACAAACCU